AACAAGCAUGGCGGAUUGUAUUAGCUGACAUAGGUUACUGAGAGAGGAAAGAUGCAUUCCUUGGAUAACCCCGACGAGAUGGAUGCGGAGCUAAAAAUUGGGACUUCGGGCCCCCCUCCCAUGGAUCCAGAUAAAUAUUAUGUGAAUGCUGGAGAAGAGGACCAAAUGGAAAUAACUGGUUACAAAUUAAAUAGACUAAAGCAAAUCAUUACAUGGUUCUUCAUCAUCCUGACAUUAGGUCUGCUGAAAUUAUUCUUCUACUGGUUACCUCACAUCUUUUUACAAUGUACACAUGACAAAUGCACCUUGUCUGAAGCUCAAGCAGUACUAUUAACGAAUUAUUAUGCUCAGUAUUUUGUGUCAACUGUUGAAACUGCUACCAGAGAUGGAACAAGGGUUCGUCUACUACCAACCAAAACUAAAUAUUUAUAUAAGAAAGGUCAGUCACAGCCUGUUAUUACUUACCAAGAAUCAUUGAAAGAUGAAAAUCUUAUGCAUUACUUUAUAAGUAUGAAAGUUAAGUACAUCUGGGAUGGAGAAAGAAAUGAAUUUAUUAAAUUACGCGGACUUGAAAGUGGAAGUACAUGUGCAUAUCUACAUCGAUGUAAUGGUCUCUCUCUUAAUGAUCAAAUAAAAAGGCGUGUAUUAUAUGGACUGAACUCUAUAGCUGUUCAUGUGACACCAAUCUGUGUCCUAUUAUUUAAACAAGUAUUGUCUCCGUUUUAUAUCUUUCAAGCGUUUAGUAUGUGUGUAUGGUAUGCUGAUGAGUAUUAUAUUUAUGCCACUUGUAUCAUAGUUAUAUCAGUCUUCUCAAUCGUUGUCACCAUUUAUCAAAUCAGAAAAAUGCAAAGGGCCCUAAGAAACACAAUAUCAUCUUCAACUAUUGUAACAGUAUGUAGAGGAAAUGAUGUGUAUGUUGAUGUACCAUCAGAAGAUCUUGUACCAGGUGAUAUAAUAGAAAUACCAAGACAUGGAUGUAUGAUGCAGUGUGAUACAGUUUUACUAAGUGGAAAUUGUAUAGUAAAUGAAAGCAUGUUAACAGGUGAGAGUGUACCAGUAACUAAAACACCACUUCCUAAUCCACUUCAGUUACCUGGUCAACCAGAACUUCUAUUUGAUAUGAAAACCCACUCACGUCAUGUUUUAUUCUGUGGUACACAAAUCAUACAGACUCGCUAUUAUGGUUGCAAGAAAGUACGAGCUAUUGUUUUAAGAACUGGUUUUAUUACAGCAAAAGGCGAGUUGGUCCGUGCUAUUUUAUAUCCCAAACCUGUUGACUUCAAGUUUAAUCGCGAUACCUACAAAUUUAUCGGAAUAUUAGCUUUUAUUGCGCUCAUGGGAUUUGUCUACACACUUACACUAAUGAUUAUUGAUGGAGAUGAAGUUGGGGAAAUCAUUUUAAGAUGUCUAGAUUUAGUAACAAUUACUGUACCUCCUGCUUUACCAGCUGCUCUUGCUGUUGGAGUUGUCUUUGCUCAAAUGCGUCUUAAAAAGUCUUCCAUUUUCUGUAUUAGUCCUAAUUGUAUUAAUAUCAGUGGUGCUGUAAAUGCUGUCUGCUUUGACAAGACAGGAACCUUAACUGAAGAUGGUUUAGAAAUGCGAGGAGUAAUACCUGUUCGAAAACAAAGGUUUGAACCGGAAAUACAAAAUAUGAAAGAAUUAGAAAGAGGAGGAUUAUUAAAUGCCAUGGCAACCUGUCAUUCUCUGACUAUUAUUGAUGGAACCAUUAUGGGUGAUCCACUUGAUUUAAUAAUGUUUCAUUCCAUCGACUGGAAAUUAGAAGAACCUGGUCAAGAAGAAUCAAGAUUUGACAUGAUGGUACCAACAAUUGUUAAACCUCGAACAUCUCCAUUUCUUGUUGGCUCAACAGAACAGCUUCAGGGGGAAGAUAUUGGAGUUGUUAGACAGUUUCCAUUUUCAUCUAGUUUACAGAGAAUGUCGGUUAUUGUGAGAAGUUUAAGUGGUAGUAAUUUUGAGUUGUAUGCCAAAGGUUCUCCUGAGAUGAUUGCUAGUUUAUCUUUACCAGAAACAGUACCAGAAAAUUUCCAUGAGAUUUUGACAGAAUAUACACAGCAUGGUUACAGAGUAAUAGCUGUAGCAUGUAAACAACUUCCUUCUAAAUUAAACUAUGUUAAAGUACAGAGGAUAGGCAGAGAUCUAGUAGAAACAGAGUUAACUUUCCUUGGUCUGCUGAUAAUGGAGAAUAAGAUCAAACCAGAGACAGCACCUGUUAUAGCAAAUUUAAGAAAUGCCCUGAUUAGGACCAUCAUGGUUACAGGAGACAAUAUGUUAACUGCUCUCAGUGUAGCACAAGAAUGUGGUAUGGUUGAUCAAGGUGAUCGUAUUAUACUGGUUCAAGCAUAUCCUCCAGUAGAUCUUAAAGCACCAGAAAUAGACUUUGUUUAUGCUGGAGACAGUACCAAGAAAGUUGUAGAGGUCAAAUCCCAAAAAGGAACAAUGAUCGAGAUUGAUGAAGAAAACCAGCGCUUCCAUUUUGCAUUGACGGGUAAAUCAUGGUCAGCUUUGAGACAAUAUUUUCCAGAUAUUAUUCAAAAGAUACUAGUGAGAGGAGCAGUUUUUGCUAGAAUGGCACCAGAACAAAAAGCUCAACUAGUUGAAGGUCUCCAGAAUCUAGGGUAUUAUGUAGCUAUGUGUGGCGAUGGUGCUAAUGAUUGUGGUGCAUUAAAGACAGCUCAUACGGGUAUAUCUUUAUCAGAGGCAGAGGCUUCUGUUGCUUCCCCUUUUACAUCGAAAAAACCAACAAUAGAAUGUGUACCUAAAGUUAUCAGUGAAGGUAGAUGUGCGUUGGUAACAUCAUUUGGAAUAUUUAAAUAUAUGGCGCUAUACAGUUUAACCCAGUUUGUAUCAGUAUUAAUAUUAUAUUGGAAUGGUGCUAACCUCACUGAUGCAGAGUUUUUAUAUAUUGACCUCUUCUUAAUCACAACCUUAUCUGUUACCUUCGGUUAUACUGCACCAUAUGGACAACUAGUUAAAGAUUUACCACCUUCUAGUUUAGUAAGUCCAGGACCAAUAUUAUCAUUGAUAUCACAAGCAGCUAUACAGAUAAUCUUCCAAUUGUUUAGUUAUUUGUAUGUAGCAACACAACCCUGGUUUAAAGAGUUUGAAGAGAAUGAUGAUUAUGAUUAUGCAAGUCAUGAGAAUACGGCCGUAUUUCUUGUAUCAUCUUAUCAAUAUGUAGCUUUAGCUGUAGCUUUCGCUAAAGGAGCACCAUUUAGAAAAACUAUCUUCUCAAAUUAUCUUUUUUUGAUGAAUUUGUUGAUAUGUUUUGCCGUGUCGCUAUGGCUUACUAUUUAUCCUACAGACUACUUUGCUGGAGUAAUGGAGUUAAGUCCAUUUCCAGAAAUUACGUUUCGUCUGAUAUUUGUGGGAAUAGGCGUUGCUAAUUUUGCUGUUUCAUUAUUAUUAGAGAUGUUCCUUAUUGAUAAUGUAUUAAUUGUGAGAAAGUGUAAAGGAAGCUGUACUUGUUGUAAAGCAUCAGAUUAUGACUAUACCGUUAUUGAGAAAGAAAUAGAGGACGAUCCAACAUGGCCACCUCUAGAUCCAUCAGGACAGGGAUUGGCGCAGUAUUUACAGAGAUUAGAAAGCAUGAACCAGAUGCCUCCAAAAGAUGGGAACGGCAAGCCAUCAUCGGCUACACUAGAAGAAUUAUUAGAAUCAACUGAUGAUGGAACAAAUCAAAUAAACCAAAGAGUACAAAACAAAGAAGACUCCAAUGUGGCAGUAGGAAACAAUGAUAAUUUCAUAACCUCUUUAUGAGAAUGACAGCACACUUCUUGAGGACUGCAUUAUCAUUUUAUGAGAAUUACUUCAUACUUAAUAUGCACUACAUCAUUGUCGUAUAAGCACUGAAAAGAAAGUAUUACGUGAUGAGUGUAGAGUUUAUGUAAAUGUUUACUCGCAAUAUAUAGCCAAGAUAUAUAUAUAUACCUAAAGGUUUACGCAAUAUAAACAAUAAACCAAAUUAUGUACUUCUAGUAGAUCUGACCCCCUGUUUAAUGUUUGUGAAUCAUGAUUUAGUUCUAUUGUCAUUCAAAUAUAUCAUGUCCAUGCUUGACUUAGAGUCUUGCUUUCAUACAUAACACUCCUAUCUGUUAAACAGGGUCUUUAAUCUGUAUAUAUUUUCCAUUAGAUGUUCAACACAUAACAUGAUUCUCAGUAUAUAUCUUGUCUGAUUUUAUUGGAGUAGAUUUCAAAGCAAAAUACUAAACUACCAAACACUAGAGUUGUGGGCUUAUUAUAUUAAAUAUAUAAAAAUAAAGUUUGAAAAGGGAAAUCCUAUGCUGUCAACCACUAGAUUUACAUGUAACAAUAUGCCAUGGUGUUAUAACAGUAGGUCAAGUGUCAAUUCCCUCAUUCAGAUUUGUAUAUAUAUAAAUGAAGUUAGCCAUAAUGGUUGUACUUUUAGAUUAGCAAUAGAUGGGAUACUUGUAGAGUUUAUUGUUUUAAGUAGUAGAUAUAUUUUUCCAGGUAAUUCGGUUAUAAUCUCGAAUCAAUGGUUAUAUAGUUAGAAUUCCAAAUCUUUAAGGAACAUCACUUUAAAGUUUGGGAUUAUAUAUUGUAAUCAAAUCUGUAAUCAAAUCUGUAAUCAAAUCUUUAAAAUUUAUGAAAUUGAAAACCAUUAACCAAGACGUAAGUAAGUGUUAAGCAUGUGAACCAUACUUAAUUUAAUAAAAGAGAUUAAUAUAUAUGAUGUUAUUAUUAAUAUUUUAUUGAUCUCAUUGCAAGAAGGCAAAUAGAAUGACACGUAAUUGUUCCUAAUGGAAAUCAAUGCAUAAAUCAUAGAACCAUGUAGAUAUGUUAUAUGUAACUCAUUUAUUAUAGAUUUAAUUUUCUGUUUAUAUGUGGAAGUAUAAUAAUAUUAUUAUAUAUGUAUACUUUACAAUACAAUAUUUUUAGUAUAUUAUAUUACACUUGAUUUUAUGUGAUUUCAUGAAUAAGGCCUCUAUUUUGUAGUAAAGUUUGUUUAUACUACUAUUACUGUGAAAAGUCUGUUUAUAUUACUAUUACUGUGGAAAGUCCUUGUGUAAUACAUAAUUCUCAUAGUGAAAAGUUCUUGUGACUGUUACAUGAAUAGCUUUACAGCUCUUUUCUCACUUUUGAUAUUCAUUCUGUUAAUAAAUUAAUCACAUCCUUGUACUGUGUUUCUAUAGCAGCUAUCAAUUGUAAAAGAUACUUUAAUAUUUACAUCCAAUAAAUCCACCAUGUAUACAGUAUACAUAAUGUUUAUUAUUACAUAUGUACCAAUCUGCAAUUUAUGUACAGAUUUCUUUAAAUUCAUAUGUAUGCUAAACCAAAUAUAUAUUUUAUUGAGUAUAUACAUAAGAUAAGAAUAUAAACAUUUUGUAUAUUUUAUGGAUUUCAUACAUAAUAUAAACAUCAUCUAUAGUUUAUGGAUUUCAUACAAUACAACAUAAACAUCAUAUAUAGUUUAUGGAGUACAUACAUAAGAUAUAAACAUCAUGUAUAUUUUACAUACAUAAGAAUAUAAACAUCAUAUAUAGUUUAUGAAGUACAUAUAUUAGAAUAUAAACAUCAUAUAUAGUUUAUGAAGUACAUAUAUUAGAAUAUAAACAUCAUAUAUAGUUUAUGGAGUAAAUACAUAAGAAUAUAAACAUCAGGUAUAUAUUGUGGAGUACAUACAUAAGAAUAUAAACAUCAUGCAUAUUUUAUGGAGUACAUACAUUAACAAAUAAACAUUAUGUAUAUUUUUCGAAGCACGUACAUUAGAAAUAAACAGUAGAGUAUUUUACAUAGUGCAAAAUUAUAAAAUAAAGAUGACAACCUUAUUAAAAUAACUAAAACUGUUACAUUAAAUUGAUCGUUCACCUAAAUAAAUUUCAGAGAAUGAUUGGCAUGAAAUAUUCCUGAAUUCCACAGUUUGAAAUGCUUUUUAAUUAAAUAUUGAGUGCCUUUUUCUGUAUAUAGUAAAAACCUUACAUCAAAAUUUGUGUUGCUACGGUAAUAAUUGAUGUUGAUUUGUAUAUGUAAUCUUUUCACACGGUUGUAUAAUUUGAAAAUGCCACAGUUUUGAAGCUUCAUCUUUUAAAGAGAUUAUUAUAUAAUAGCUAUACAUUUUAUUUUGAACUCUUUGAUGCUGAUUGUCUUCCAUAAAUCCUAUUGAUAAAAACAAUUCUUAAUGGGCAGCUUAGCUCUAUGUUUGGAGUGAAUUAUUAUGAUGAGACAAAAGACAAAAGUUUCGUAUUUGAUGUGUAUUGGACAAAGAGUUGAUUGAAUUAUCAGCAUUGAGAUUUUUUAUACGCCCACAUUUUCAUGUGGACGUAUAUUGUCAUCGCCUCUGGACGUCCGUCCGUCCACAGUUGUUUGUGAACACUCUACAGGUCACAAUUUUUAUCCGAUUUCAAUGAAACUUGAAAUAUAGGUUUAUCAGCCUAAGAUCUCGGGGCCUUUCGAUAUUCGCGCAUAUCAGAUCGUAACUUCCUCAAGAUCUUGGUUCCUUUUGAUAAUCGCAGAUACCCAAACUUAACUUCCUGGAUUAUAGCCCCUGAUUGUUCGAAAAAUCGCAUUGUUAGCUUGCGGAUUCUCUAGAGGUCACAAUUGUUUUCUGAUUUUAAAAACUGUUUAAAUACAUCACCAUUCCACCAUAAUGAAGGUUGAAUUCGAAUUUCGGGAAUGUCGAAAUGAAACUGCCCGACAAAAUGGCCACUAUUUAUUCGCAAAUUGUGUAGAAGUGUCUAAUACGAAGGUUGUGUACCCUCUACAGGUCACAAUUUUUAUCCGAUUUUGAUGAAACUUAAAACAUAUCUUUAUAUCCCAAAGAUCUCAGUCCCUUUUGAUAUUUGCACAUUUCAGGCCAUAACUUUCCCCUGAUUGUACAAAAAAUUGCGUUUGUUUUUAGCUUGUUCUCUAUCCAUCUCUUGUAAAAUGUGGGCGUAUUCUGCCUGGCAGCCGCUGGUUUCAGAACUUGUAAUAUUUAAGCUUAAAACAAUAUAGCAUUGUACAUCAUUCAUAACUAACAUUUAAUCUGAAGAACAGUUUACUUGAAAGAUCAUAUUAUUGUCGAAUCAUAGACUUAUCAUUGAAAUAGGUUUAAUAUAUAGCAGCCUUUCUGUUGUUAUUUACACCAAUUUUACCUACGUAAUAAUGAUUCUAGACAGAAGAUCUACAUAAAACAUAGGGUCCUGCGGUGUCCUCCCACAGCUAAUGACUCCUACAUGAAAGCAAAUUAUUAUGAUAAAAUUAAACCAUUGGUUAGUCCCGAAAUCAUUUGAAAAGUUCACAUAUCUAACACACAUUUUGUUGUACUGUUGUAAAUUAAAAGGUAUUUUAUCUUUUAUAUAUAAAUAAGUACAUUUAUUUGAAAACCUUUUUAUUAUAGUUAGUAAAAUUGUUACUUAUUACAGUUAGUAAAAUUGUUACUUAUUGCAUUGUCCCCUUAAAGGAUCAAUCCUACUUUUUCAACCAAUUUAAAAAUAAAUAUCCAUAAAGUUGUAUUUGAUUCAAAAUAUCAGUUUACAAUUAACAUUUUUCCUCUCAUUAAAAAUUUGAUGUUAUUAAUAUCAAAAAGUGUUGAGAAUACUUUUAUUGUGAAUUAAAAAAUAAUUUGAAAGCAAAUUAUUCUUCUGGAACCUGGAUCCAAAGUAUGUUAAGCCACCUUACAAGAACAAAAAUUAAGGCUCUUUCUUAAAAUAUAUUUUUUUAAAAAAAAACUUACUAAAGACCAUGCAUAAUUAUUUUAAAAUUGCUGUGGCGCAGAUUUGACACAAGUAUUUAGGAUGUGUGUUUGAUGUUCGGAGAUUUUAUCUUAUUUUUAAACUAAAACUUUGUGUAAUGUAAAUAUAAUGAACAGGUUUGUUAAUUAUUUAAUGGAUAGUAUUUAUGAUAAUUUUUAAUUAAAUGCUAUAAUUUCUGUGGUUUUUUUUUUUUUGAUUUGUUAAUAUAUUUUAGAAUUAAUUUCAAUACUUGAUUUUUAUUUAGCCUUCAUAUGUUUUUGUGAUAUAAUAGAAAAAGUGGAAUUAAUGAUUUUUAUUUUAAUGUGGUUUUAUAUUUAGAAACCUACAAGCUAACAAUGUACACAGGAGUCUCACUUCGGGCCUUAUAGAAUGUGAACCUCAAAAUCAUUUAUCCUUCAACUAACUUGUUUUUUUAAUCAUUAAUAUUUACAAUUUUUAUACGUCCACAUGAAAGUGGACGUAUAUUGUCGGCCCCUGUCCGUCCGUCCGUCCACAAUUUGUUUGUGGACACUCUACAGGUCACAAUUUUUAUCCAAUUAAAAUAUAGGUCUAUCUCCCAAAGAUCUCAGAUCCUUUCGAUAUUGGCAUAUAUCGGACCAUAACUUCAUGGAUUAUGGCACCUGAUAGUAGGAAAAAUCACGUUUUUAGCUUGUGGACACCCUAGAGGUCACAAUUUUGAUCCGAUUUUGAUGAAACUUGAAAUGCAUGUUUAUAACCCAAAUAUCUUGUUCCCUUUCGAUAUUUGCGCAUAUUGGAUCGUAACUUUCUGAAUUAUGGCCCCUGAUUGUACGAAAAAUCACAUUUUUAGCUUGUGAUCCCUCUAGAGGUCACUAUUUUUACCCAAUUUAAAAAAACGUUUUAGUAUAUCAUCGUUACACCCUAAUGAUGGUUGAGUUCGAAAAUCGGACCAAAACUGCCGAACAAUAUGGGCCGCCCCUUGUCCUUAAAUAGUGUAAAAUAUGGUAUAUUAAGGUUGUGCACCCUCUAGAGGUAACAAUUUUGAUCCGAUUUUGAUGAACCUUGGAAUGCAUGUUUAUAUCCCAAAGAUCUUGUUUCCUUUCGAUAUUUACACUUAUCAGAUCGUAACUUCCUGAAUUAUGGACCCUGAUUGUAUGAAAAAUCUCAUUUUCUAGAGGUCACAAUUUUUACCCGAUUUAAAAAAUCGUUUUAGUAUAAUAAUUAUCAUCGUUACACCCUAAUGAUGGUUGAGUCUGAAUUUUGUGAAAACUGGACCAAAACUGCCAGACAAUAUGGCCGCCCGUUGUACGCAGAUAGUGUAAAAUAUGGUAUAUCAAGGUUGUGGACCCUCAAGAGGUCACAAUAUUGAUCUGAUUUUGAUGAAACUUGGAAUGCAUGUUAAUAUCCCAAAAAUCUUGGUUCAUUUCGAUAUUUGCACAUAUCGGAUCAUAACUUCCUGAAUUAUGGCCCCUGAUUGAACGAAAAAUCACGCUUUUAGUUUGUGGUCCCUCUAGAGGUCACAAUUUUUAUCUGAUUUAAAAAAACAUUUAGAUAUAUCACAAUUCCACCAUAAUGAAGGUUGAAUUGGAAUAUUUGCGCAUUUCAGACCAUGACUUUCUGGAUUAUGGCCCCUGAUAGUACAAAAAAUCGUUUUUGUUUUUAGUUUGUUCUCUAUCCAUCUCUUGCAAAAUUUGGGCGUAUACUGCCUGGCAGCCACUGGUCACUGUGCAGGGAAAAUAAAGCCAGUCUUUUAGAAUGUAGUAACCAGUUGUAUGAUCUGUUGCUUAUAGAAUAAAGAUCAGUUAUAGACAAUAGAAUCCUUCGUUUCUGGACAAUGUUUGUACAUCAAAACCACAAAAUGAUAAUCUACAUUGUAAUAUAUGAAUUUGAUUGUACAUGUAAUAAUUGUUUAACUUUAGAAUUCUAAUGUUUCUAUUAAAUUUAUAUACGUUUACUCUGAAAUAUAA